AUGAUUCAUACUAAUAAAAAACGUGUUACAUUAAAGAAAAGAACAUCAAUAGAGAAUCCUACUUUAGAACAGCCGAAUGAAUACACUUGUCAAUUAGUGGCUCAUGCUUUAUCUUUACCAAAAGAUGAUUUAAUACUUACAACAAGCAAUGAACAACAACAAAAAUCAUUUCAUUUACAUUCAUCCCCUUUAUUAAAAUCAUCUUUAAAGACUCCAAGAUCUGCUUCUGCUCCUUGUUCACCUACAACGGGUAUCAAAUCUGUUCAUUUUAAUAAUAAAAAUCUGGAGGAUAUUUGUUUAUUUAGAAAGGCUCAAACUCCAUUAUCUGUUAGAAGAAAGAGUAUAUUUUGGGCAAAUGAAAGUGAUGAGAGUGACGAUGAUGAAGAAGAAGACGAGGAACGAUUUGAAACAUCUUUAGUAUUUGCAAAUUGGCCUACUCGACUUGCUGAUAUUAUUGAUCGAAAGAAUAAAGUGAUAAGAGUUGAUAAAAAUUUGAUUAAAUUAGAUCAUCAAAAUUCAAUUACUGGUAAAAUAUCUGUUCGUAAUCUAAGUUAUCAAAAGCGAGUGACGAUUCGAUAUAGUUUUGAUUUCUGGAAGACAACUCAUAAUAAAGAAGCCAUCUUUUAUGAAAGUCAUAAAGCUUAUGAUAUCUUUACUUUUGAUAUUGACAUUCCUAAUAACACAACAACAACAGCUACUACUACUACUACUACUACUACAGCUACAGCUACUACUACUACGACUACUACGCUUUAUUUCGCUGUCAAUUAUAAAGUGGGUUCUGAAGAAUUCUGGGACAAUAACGAUGGAAGAAAUUAUGAAUUAAAGAUCAAUAGAAAAUUAAAAAAGAAAAAUAACGAGUUUACUACUGAAGAUAAUAAUUAUAAAUUAUUAAAAUCAAGAUACGAUUUUAGUCAAUCUUUUCAACAAAGUAGUCAAUCAUCUACUACUAUACCUAUUUUAUCACCUUCUCCUUUAACUACCUCAAGAUAUAAUAAUACCGUCAUAAAGCCUGCAUCUAUUCCUACAAGUAAUCCUUUCUCUUGUCAUUCACCCUUAACUACGACUACGACUACGACUACUUCUACUUCUCCUUCUCUUGCUGAUUUAAAUUCUCAAUCUUAUAUGGAACUUGUAAAUAAGUAUUGCUUUUAUUCUACAAGUCCAAGUAGAUCUCCCAUGUCUAUUAACAUUUAA